CCUCGCGUCGUCAACACUGCUGCCUCGGUAGAAGGCUAGAAUCUAUAAAGUGUGAUUUCGAGUAACGUUUACUAUUUGUGUUUUUUGUAGAUCUGCAGUUUAAUUAACUGUGAGCCAGUUGGACUACGGGACCCUUGUCGGAGUAUAUCAGUAUAAUGGAUGUCCAUCUUCUGGUCUACGAUCUCUCUCAGGGCUUGGCCCGCCAAAUGUCGAUGGGCCUGCUCGGGUUCCAGCUUGACGCGGUUUACCACACAUCGAUAGAGUUGAACGGGCUAGAAUACGUCUACGACGGCAACAUCGUCGCCAUCAGGCCCGGAUCUUCGCAUCUUGGCCAGCCCAUGCAGCGGUUGCAUCUCGGGAAGACUGAAUUACCCAUGGACGUGAUCGAGGAGUACCUUGACUCACUGAGGGAGAUAUACACGGUUGAGGCAUACGAUCUGUUUAGACACAACUGCAACAAUUUCUCCAACGAUCUUGCCAUGUUUCUUUUGGGCAAGGGGAUUCCUGCCCACAUCACCAACAUGCCACAGGCGGUGCUAGACUCCCCUUUCGGCCAAAUGCUCAUGCCGGCCCUCAGUCAGCAGAUCAAUGCCAACAAGCGAGGCGGCGGCAUCCUGGGUAUCCAGCAGCAAAACCCUGGCAGUUCCGUGAAGCCAAAAUCGCAGGUCCAUCAUCCUGUGGCCAAAGUCCAGGAGGUUUCGACUCUGGCACAGCUUGACCACCUGUUAGAAAGAUACCGCAAUUCAUGUGCCGUGGUCUUCUUCACAUCUGCGACCUGCCCCCCAUGCAAGACUCUGUAUCCCCUGUACGAUGAGUUAGCCGCUGAAGUGGGUAGUAAGGGUGUUUUGAUCAAGGUCGAUGUCUCACAGGCACUUGGAGUAGGCAGCCGGUACUCCGUCUCUGCCACUCCGACGUUCAUUACAUUUCUGAAGGGCCAGCAAGAGAACCGCUGGAGCGGUGCUGACCCAAGUGCCCUGCAAGGCAACGUGCGACUUUUGAUCCAGAUGGCGUGGCCACCCCACGCUCACGAAGCCCUCAACCUACCGACGCUUAUGAAACCGGGCGCCGAACCCGUCAUUUUUUCCAAGAUCCCACCCCUCGAGAAAGUCCUCGCCAAAAUGGGGCCCACUGCCGCAGACCCAGCAAUCCAAGACGUCAAGCACUUCAUCCAAGAGCGCUCGGCCUCCGGACCAGCCGAAGCAACGCUUCCCGACAUCGCGUCGUUCACUUCCGUCGUACGCCAGUUCCUCGAGCGUCUACCAACAGACCUCCUCUUCACCAUCGUCGACCUCCUGCGCUGCUCGCUCAUCGACCCGCGCUUCAGCGGCUACCUGGCCGAAGAGGCGGACCACCGCACCGUGAUCGCUGUGCUCGAGCACGUCAAUGACAGACUCGCCAGCGCCUGCCCGUACGCGCUGCGGCUCGUCACGCUGCAAAUGGCGUGCAACCUGUUCUCAAGCCCGCUCUACCCGGACCAAAUCCUCGGCCACGAGCGGUUGCGAGGCUGCGUCACACGUCUGAUUUCAUCGAGCUUCCUCGACGAGAGCCACAGCAACGUGCGCGUCGCGGCGGCGAGCCUGUUGUUCAACGUCGCUCUGGCAAAUAGCACCAAGAGGCGGGACGGGCCGGGCGAUGUGCUGCCCGAGGCCGACCAGGUCGAGGUGGCUGCGUCGGUGCUCGAGGCCAUCGCUCAGGAGGAAGAGUCUGCCGAGGCUUUGGAGGGGAUGGUGCUUGCGCUGGGCUACUUGGCGUACAGGUUGCCGCUGGAAGGAGAGCUGGCAGAUCUGCUGAGGGCCAUGGACGCCGGUGACGUGGUACUUGCGAAGGAGAAGCAAUUUCCAAAUAUGAGGUUGCUGAAAGAGGUUGGGGAGGACAACCUCGAGCGGCGCUUCCGAGACGUUGUCGCCGACAUCAAUGAAACGUUGAUUGGAAUUUCUCUCGACCCGCGACUGAUGCCGGACUCUGCAGGCCACCUCGAAGUCGCGCAGCGCAGUGUUCGCUCGUGCGCGAGCACACCGUCGCUGCGAUCUCGCGAUGGCACUGUUCCGCCUCAUGCUAGGGUGGACCCGGGAGGAAAUGUGAGGGUUGUGGUGAGGGUGAGGGCGUUUCUGCCGAGGGAAAUUGAACGAAAUGCAGAAUGCCUCAUCGACAUGGACCCGGUCACGCAGCGGACCACGCUCAGAGUCCCCAACGACUCCGACCCUGCCAACGCGCGGGCACGGUCUCGCAAAGUCAUGGAGGAGAAGUCGUUCACUUUUGACAAGAGCUUCUGGAGCCAUGAUCCGCAAGACGAGCACUACGCAACGCAGGAAGACGUCUACGACAGCUUGGGGGAGGAGUUUCUCGACCACAACUUUGAGGGAUACCACACAUGCAUCUUUGCCUACGGCCAGACCGGCUCGGGCAAGUCGUACACCAUGAUGGGCACCCCAGACCAACCGGGCCUGAUCCCGCGGACCUGCGAGGACCUCUUCGAGCGCAUUGCGGCAGCCCAGGACGAGACGCCCAACAUCAGCUACAACGUCCGCGUCUCCUACUUUGAAGUCUACAACGAGCACGUCCGCGACUUGCUGGUCCCCGUGGUCCCGCACCAACCGCCCUACUACCUCAAGAUCCGCGAGUCGCCGACCGAGGGACCGUACGUCAAGGAUCUGACCGAAGUCCCCGUCCGCAGCCUGAACGAGAUCCUCCGGUACAUGCGCAUCGGGGACAACAACCGGACCACGGCCAGCACCAAGAUGAACGACACGAGCAGCCGCAGCCACGCCGUCUUCACCAUCAUGCUCAAGCAGAUCCACCACGACCUCGAGACGGACGAGACGACGGAGCGCAGCAGCCGCAUCCGCCUGGUCGACCUGGCCGGCAGCGAGCGGGCCAAGGCGACCGAAGCCACGGGCCAGCGCCUGCGCGAGGGCAGCAACAUCAACAAGUCGCUCACGACGCUGGGGCGGGUCAUCGCCGCGCUGGCCGAUCCCAAGAAACAAAACCACCACUCGCACCACCACCGCUCCAAAUCCAUAUCCUCCAUCGUCCCCUACCGCGACUCCAUCCUCACCUGGCUCCUCAAGGACUCUCUCGGCGGCAACUCCAAAACAGCCAUGAUCGCGUGCAUCUCCCCCUCGGACUACGAGGAAACCCUGUCCACACUACGCUACGCGGACCAGGCGAAACGGAUCCGCACGCGCGCCGUGGUCAACCAGGUCGACAGCAUCAGCACGGCGGAGCGCGACGCGCAGAUCGCGGCCAUGGCCGACGAGAUCCGCGCGCUGCAGCUCGUCGUGGGCGACUCGCGGCGGCGCGAAAAGGACGCGCGCGAGGCCGAGGAGAAGCUCGAGGAGUACCAGGCCCGCGUGCGCGGACUGCAGCAGCUCAUGGAGGAGCGCAGCCUCGUGGCCGAGGGCAAGAUCCGUAGUUUGCAGACCGAGAACGAGGCGCUGCGGCUGCAUCUGAAGCUGGCCCUCGAGAGCCUGCGGAAUCCUAUUCCUGAGGUCGUGGUGCGGGAGACCCAUACUGCUGCUGCUGGUGCUAAUGAUGAUGAUGAAGGUGCUGCGGGGGGCAAGGAAAGGAGGCAUGGUGAUGGUGAUGAUGAUGGCAAUGAUGAAGCGUAUUACGACGAUGAUAAAGAAAACCACGAGCAGAAUAAUGAGCAUGACGAUGGGUAUGCGUCUGGCGGGGCCGAGACGGAGACGGAGCAGGGAUACGAACGCCACGCCGACGACAUGCAUGACCACAUGCAGGGCCUCCUUCGCGACCUCAACAUGUUCCGACGAAAGAUUGGGGACGACAAGAUGCGCUUCCUGAAUGAGCUGAGUCGGAGGCGGCCGCUGGGGAAUCGGUCAAAUAUUAUUUGACAUGACGAACAGGGACCGCACCGUGACAACGUGGUGCACGAGCCAGGCUGGAGACAGGGACUUUUCAAUGACUACGGCAGAUUUCCUACGUUACGAUUGAUGGGACUUAGCGAGCAAGUUUCUUUCGUGCAUUACUGUACUGUAUGGAGUUCGGGAUUGCGAGUCUUUAGGGCGAAAUGUCAUUAGAUGAUAGGCACUUAAGUACUAGGCAGUUGGACGCUCAGAUAUCAAUGUUCGGGCCGCAUGGCUCAGUUGACCGAGCUGUUGGAGUUAGAGUGCGUAGAAUGAAUGGCGGGUUGAUUAAAGACCUAUUUGAUUGUUG